AGAAAGCUUAUACUAUUGGGAGUUGAACAAUAAAAAGUUUCAAAAAUAGGCAAGAUGCAUUAAUUAGGGUUUGCAAAUAACAACGGCCAUUGAGCCCCGAAAGGCCAAAGGCGCGAUUCCUUAAUAUUCAUCCCAGACCUUUCACUUCCCAUUACCUCCUUCCAAUUUUCUACUCCCCAUUUUUCUUUUUCCCUCAGAUAAUGUCAAACAAAUCCCCCAUUUUCCCCAUUGUUGAACCUCAACACUUUAGUGACUAUGGCUUCGACCCUCAAAUCGAUUAUUUUCAGAUUUUGGAAGAAGCAAGAAAACACAGAAUCAGAGAAAGUGCAAGGUCCUCCAUAGACACAGUUCAUUUCAAGCUGCAAAAACCCAUCUCAAAGGACGAGUGUUCAAAGAAAAUCAAAAAGAACAGUAGCCGUAAAAGAUGGUGGAGAAAUGCUCUCCUCUUCUUCAAGAGGAUUCCAAGGAGCAAAUCCAAGAGUGACAAAAUCUCCGACGAAUGUGAUCUUCUUGACAAUGGCGAAGUUCAUCACCGGAGACCUACUCUUCAGGGUUCGAUAUCUGGGCGAGUGUAUAUUACUGAGAGCAGGAGCGGGUCUAACACGCCUUACCGUACCAUCAGCCGACCUUCCUCCAGUCCACUUGCCGGAACAUUGUCUCCUAACCGGAAAGGUGAUUUGGACAUCCCCUACAUUAAUCUCAGGGAGUUUAACAUGGACCAGCAGCAGCAUAAGAUCUCCAAUGCCUCAGCUAUGCCAAUAUAUUUGGUCACGUAAACAGCGGUAUUUAAUUAAUUUUAAUUUUUAAAUGCUACUGCUAAUUAUCAUUAUCCUAAUUUACACCUUUUUAGGUUCCAAAUUAGAAGGUUGAUGACCCCUUUUGUCUUUAAUUAAAAGGGUAUCUCUUUUCUUGUUACUUAGUAUUAUGUGCAACUUCACAGUGGUCAUCUUAUGCAGAAAGUGCUUGCUUUAUUGAUGGCGUGAAGCAAACCUUUUUUCUCGUGAAUUGUCAGAAGACAGUAUGGAUUUUGCAGCCUAUUGUAAUGAAUUGAUUUAUCUGCUGCACACAUGUUUUUGCUUUGACCAUGUUACUA